UGAUCUGAAGACUUGCAAGAAUUUUGUAUGAUGGAAAAGAGUAGUACCCGCAGCGAUGGUCGUGACGAUGAUUUGAUUUCGGUUCAGCCGUCUUCGAGCGGAACCAACACCGAAUUCGACCAAAACACCUUACAAGAUGAACGCGAUGAAACCAAGGAAGUUCACAGAUUGGCUGCUUCGGAAACUGCACAUAUUCGUUUUUGGCGAUUGGUGGUCGUGGCUUUACUGCUCGUAUCAGGUGCCGUGCUUUCUACGUUUACUCACAUAUUCCUCAAGGGCGAAGAAAAAGAUGACUACGUCGACGCGUAUUACCUAUUUGCGAAUACUGUUCAUGAUGUUACAAGGUUUCGUGUGGAGAACAUGUUCGAGGCCUUCCAGGGAUUGGCAGAAACGUUGACAGCGCACGCGAUUGUCAAGAACCUGACCUUUCCGUUCGUCUCGUUGCCUAUGUUCGAAGUUGCGGGCCGACAUACUUUAGCCCAAUCGCGCAACGAACUUUUAUUUUUUACGCCAUUUGUCACAGGGGACCAGAAAGAGGAAUGGGAGGGCUAUGCGUGGGAGAAUCAGUGGUGGCUCGGCGAAGGCCGCAGUAUUAGAUUAGAAAACGACCAAACUUUGCAAACAACGUCUUUCCUUGAAGGAAACAUUACACCUCAGAUUUUUGAGUUUGCGACUGUUUCUCCUCCGGGACAACCUUGUCAGGAUAGUACCAGUCGUCUAACAUGGCUACGCCUUGGCGAGAUAGACUCGGUCAUGUCCAGGGCUGCCAACACAGCAAGAACCUCCGGAUUGGUUUGGAGUGAGAGAGAUCAUAACGUCUUCCAUGAUCAAUUUGUUACUGGCACCGGGGAUGAGAGUCCUCACGAGCGCCCUCAUGCCGUCCUGCAUACGCCCGUCUACGAGCAACUGGGAAAUCGUGAUUCUAAAAUAGUGGGGUCACUUGUCAGCACCAUCGCUUUUGAUGCUUCCUUUGCUGAUCUGCUUCCCGACAAAGUGAGGGGUAUAUACUCCGUCCUAAAGAACAGUUGUGGUCAACAAUUUUCCUACGAAUUGACCGGAAACCGCGCGGUGUAUCUUGGCGACGGUGAUCGACACGAAACCGCCUUCAACCAAUACGAAGUCGUCGUUCCCUUCAACGCCUAUCGAGACCCCGAGCUCGCUGCCAACACGGACGGGCAUUGCCGGUACUCUCUACACAUCUACCCCAGUCAGCAGUUUGCUCAGGGAUACAAGUCCAGCCUUCCCAUCGUCUUCACUUCCCUCGUGGCAGCCACCUUCUUCCUCAUGGCUCUGACCUUCUUGGUCUACGAUCGCUUCGUCCACCGCCGUAACAUCAAAGUGGUUAAUGCCGCUGCUCGAUCUAACGCUAUCGUGUCAUCGCUGUUCCCUUCUAAUGUCCGUGAUCGCUUGUUUGAAGAUGCCAAGGCAAGAAGCGACGUCAACCAGGCCGCCCACUCUCGUCUCAAGACGUUCCUGCACAAUGGUGACUCCUCUGAUACCGCCAUCACUGACGAGAAUGCGCAUCACAGUGACUUCUUCAAGACCAAGCCCAUUGCUGAGCUGUUUCCCCAUACCACCAUCAUGUUUGCAGAUAUCAGCGGCUUCACGGCAUGGAGCUCGUCUCGAGAGCCGGCACAAGUCUUCCAGCUGCUGGAGACCCUGUACCACUCGUUCGACGAGACGGCCAAGAAGCGUCGUGUCUUCAAAGUCGAGACGGUCGGCGACUGCUACGUUGCCGUUGCUGGACUGCCCGAUCCGCGAAAGGAUCAUGCCGUAGUCAUGGCUCGAUUUGCCAAGGACUGCAUGCACCAGAUGCACUCGCUGACAAGAAAGCUGGAAGUAUCUCUAGGCCCGGACACGGCCGACUUGUCCCUACGAAUUGGGUUACACAGCGGACCCGUGACUGCCGGUGUCCUGCGCGGGGAGCGGUCUCGUUUUCAGCUCUUUGGAGACACCAUGAACACGGCAGCAAGGAUGGAAAGCAACGGAAUUCGCGGUCGCAUUCAGAUCUCGCAGGAGACGUCCGAUCUGCUUGCAGAUGCUGGCAAGACCCAGUGGUUCGUUGCACGCGAGGAUACGAUUGUGGCCAAGGGAAAGGGCGAGCUCAACACGUUCUGGCUUUCUGUGGGAGAUGUGGGUAAGGGGAGGUCGACAACCGACACAACGCACAGUAGCGACGAUGUUUUUGCGCCCAACAACUACAACAGCUCUGUAGCGUUGGAUGGUCUGAUGACGACCAGUGCCGAGUCAGAUCAGCAGGUCUACAACCUCGUUUCGAAUAAGACCUCGCGUCUCAUCGACUGGAACGUCGAUGUACUAUCGCGAUUGAUCAAACAAAUCGUGGCGCGUCGCAAGGCCUCCAAGGUACCAAAGAAGGACUUGUCCAAGCAAUACUUCUGUCCCGGCGACAACCGAGGAGCCGGGACCACGGUCCUGGACGAGGUGACGGAGAUUCUGGCUCUGCCGGAGUUCGACGCGGACGCUGCUCGUCGCCAGCAGGAUCCUGAGAACAUCGAGCUAGAUGACAGCAUCACGUCACAGCUGCAGCAGUACGUGUCCAAUGUGUCUGCCAUGUACCGGAACAACCCCUUCCACAACUUUGAGCACGCCUCGCACGUGACCAUGUCAGUGGUAAAGCUGUUGUCCCGUAUUGUGGCUCCCGUGGAUGUGGUGGUGUCGGACGGGAAGAACCAGAAGCGGUCCUUCGCCUCCAAGCUACACGAUCACACGUACGGCAUCACGUCGGAUCCUCUGACUCAGUUUGCUUGCGUCUUUUCGGCACUCAUUCAUGACGUCGACCACAGUGGAGUUCCCAACGCGCAGCUAGUGAAGGAGAACAGUAAGAUUGCUACAUUCUACCAGGGGAAAAGUGUUGCCGAGCAGAACUCCGUGGAUCUAGCUUGGGACCUGUUGCUAGACGACAGCUUCAAAGACUUGCGAGCCGCCAUCUUUGCCACGGACGUGGAGAAGGCCCGGUUCCGACAGCUGGUAGUCAACUCCGUCAUGGCAACGGAUAUCAUGGACCCGGAUCUCAAGGCUAUUCGUAACGCACGCUGGGAGAAGGCCUUUUCAGCCUCCCCAAAUAUGCAGGAAGACCUGAAAGACUUGACAAACCGCAAGGCGACGAUUGUAAUCGAGCACCUGAUCCAGGCCUCCGAUGUGGCACACACCAUGCAGCACUGGCACAUAUACCGGAAGUGGAAUGAGCGACUGUUCCUGGAGCUGUACCAGGCCUACAUAGCCGGUCGAGCAGAAAAGAGCCCGGAAACAUUUUGGUACAAGGGCGAGCUGGGCUUUUUCGACUUUUACAUCAUUCCACUGGCUAUGAAGCUGAAGGAAUGCGGUGUAUUUGGAGUGUCGAGCGACGAGUAUCUGAACUACGCGAUGCGCAAUCGCAAGGAAUGGGAAGACCGUGGUCAGGAAGUGGUGCGCGAAAUGAUGGAAAAGAUCAAAGGUGGGGCAAAGGGUUGA